CAGGAUGUACCAGCAAUCAUAAUAUAAAGUUAUAUAUGUGUAUAUAAACAUACAUUACGUUGUGUGUUGCAAGCUCAUAAAUAUUACUCGUAAUAUUACUGAUUCUCUCAUUAAAAAUAAAACAUACGUAUCUGACUAAAAUAUAGAAAAAAUUUAAUGAAAUAUUUCUUGUUUUAUGUAUGUUAACCAAAUAGAAAACAGAAUUUUUAUACAUAAUAUUGAAUAAAAUGAAUUACACGAUACAGAGACUUGUUAUAUUAACGUGUCGGAGCAACAUUAAUUUUAAUAUUUUUAGAAAAAUAAAUACUGUUUUUACAUCAUACAACCAUGCGUUAACAACACGUGUAUUUAUGACAAAAUUCAGCUUAAAAUUACAUCAUAAUAACUUGUUAUAUACUACUAAAGUUCAGUUUGAAAAAGAUAACUCUAAUUUGAAAUUACUCACGAAUAAAGAUGCAAAUAAUUAUUCUUCUGUUCAAAUGAAAAAAAGGACCAAGAAAAGGACAGCUGUUUCUACCAAUGAUGAAACGAGUACUGCAUAUAAUGUAAAAGCAUUGGCUACUUCAGAAGAAUAUAAUUUGGAAGCUUUAGCGCAAGGUCUUAUUGAAGAAAAGUUAUAUGAGCCUAGCAAUAUAAAAACAUCAACUAACUGGAUAGCUAUGGACACAGAACUUAGUUUACCUUCUUCUAAACAAGAGCUCGAAGAAUUAAUAGAAAAAGCAAAAGAUUGGGCACUUAUGCAUGGAAUGUGUAUGAGAUCGAAACAAAAUUUUAAUGAAAAUAUGCUACAAUUUGCACCGUUUAUUCUGAUGCCAUCUCCAUUUCCUAGAAAAGAGUUCGAGAACGCUUGUUCGAUUCAAAUAAUAUUAAAUAUACUUAUACAUAGAGUUGCCCAGGACUACAAUUUCUUAAAAGCAACUUUAGAAGAAACAAUUAAAGUUGACAAUUUUACCAAAAAGUUAUUUGAAAUCUGUAAAAUUAUAAACAGAGAAGGGGGAUCAGCACAAAAAAUAUCUCUUGGUAUAUUGCGUUCAGACUUAAUGUUGGAUACUUCCUGUCCACAAGAAGAUACAAAUAAGAAAUGUAUACCAUAUUGUUGUUGGAAACAAGUUGAAAUAAAUACAAUUGCAUCUGGCUUUGGUUGGUUAGGACCUGCUUCAACUGAAUUACAUAAAUUUGUAUUAAGAGAGCUUGGAUAUAACAAAGAAAUAAAAAAUCUUCCAGAAAAUAAUGCAUUGGAAAUAAUAUGUUCAAGUAUGAUUAAAGCAUGGAAGAUAUAUGGAAAUGAACAAGCAGUAAUUUUAUUUGUUGUUGAAGAUGUUACAUAUAAUAUAUGUGAUCAACGCUUUCACGAAUUUGAAAUUAAGAAACAGAAUCCAAAUGUUAGAGUCAUUCGUAGAAAUUUAACACAAUUAGCAGCUACUGCCAAAUUGGGUUCUAAUAAAGAAUUGAUAGUAGACAAUUAUAUUAUAUCUGUAGUGUACUAUCGAUGUGGGUACGAACCUGGACAAUAUCAUACACAGAAAGAAUGGGAUGUAAGAUUAUUAAUAGAAAGAUCAUUGGCAAUUAAGUGUCCUACCAUACAGUAUCAUUUAGCAGGAACUAAAAAAGUUCAACAAGCACUUGCAAAGCCAGAUGCAAUUAGUAGAUUUUUAAAAAAUAAAAAAACAUGUGCAGAGAUCAAAAAAAUAUUCACUGAACAUUAUGCAUUAGAUUUUGAUAAACAUGGAGAUGCCGCUAUAGAAAUGGGAAUUACAAAUCCACAUUGUUUUGUACUAAAACCUCAACGAGAAGGAGGUUGCAAUAACAAAUAUGGAUUAGAUAUAAAAUAUUUUUUAGAGUCUGUAAAGAAUAAGCAAGACAGAGUAGCUUGGAUUCUUAUGGACAAAAUUCAUCCUCCAAUUCAUAAGAGUCAUAUGAUCAGACCUGAAAAUAAUAUGAGUACAGAAUCCCAAGAAUUAGUUUCUGAAUUAGGAAUAUUUGGUGUUAUCAUAGCAGAUGAAAAUAAUGUAUAUCUUAAUAAGCAGAGUGGUCAUAUGUUACGGACAAAGUUAGCUACUGCUAAUGAAGGUGGUGUUGCAUCAGGAUUGGGUGCAUGUGACAGUCCAUUUCUAAUAAAUUGAAGACACAUACAUAAAUAGAAAGACAUAUACUUUUAAUAAGAUAUGAAAUAAUAUUAUACAUGAGAUGAAAUUUUAAUUUGUUAUAGGGAUAUACUAAAACAGUGUACUGAGUAUUAUUUCUCAAAAUCAAAUUUGAUAAAUUAUGCAGCAUAUACAUAAUAUUUUUUAAUAUACAUUAUCAUAAAUAAUUAUCUAUAUAAUAUAAUAUAAAACAUAUUGAAUUAUUUUUUAUUUCUUUUUUUUAUUUAAAUGUGAAACCAAAAUUUCUUUAUUCGAAUAUAUAUUUCGUACAUAAUGUUUAUUUUAUAUACAUAUAAAAUGAACUAAAAUAAACA